UGUGUGCGUUCUGCCUAAUGCUGAAUUCGCAGCAGUUUCUGGCUUCUCAGAGUUGCGGUUGGUGUCCCGGGUCUUCGAGUAGUUCCAGAGCCAGCGGGGCCCAGCAAGAGUCCUUCAUUCCGGGACAGUCCACGGCCGGCUUCCGUAAGAUGAACAUCUGCCCUUCCUCCUUUCCUUUUGACCCUGAGCGGCGAGUCCAGACCACGUUGAAGAAGGUCUUUGGGUUUGACUCUUUUAAGACGCCUCUACAGAAGAGUGCGACCAUGGCUGUAGUAAAAGGGGACAAGGAUAUCUUUGUGUGCAUGCCCACGGGGGCAGGAAAAUCCCUCUGCUAUCAGCUUCCUGCACUGUUGGUCAAAGGCAUCACCCUUGUAAUCUCACCUCUCAUUGCUUUGAUUCAGGACCAAGUGGACCACUUGCUGGCUUUGAAGGUACAAGUGCGUUCCCUGAACUCGAAGCUCUCAGCACAGGAGAGGAAGGAGCUGCUCUCUGACCUGGAGCAAGAAAAGCCCCAGACCAGGCUUCUGUACAUUACCCCAGAGAUGGCGGCAUCAGCCUCCUUCCAACCCACCCUGAACUCCCUGGUAUCCCGCCACCUGCUCUCUUAUUUGGUUGUGGAUGAAGCUCAUUGUGUUUCCCAGUGGGGACAUGACUUCCGUCCUGACUACUUGCGUUUGGGUGCCCUGCGCUCCCGCCUGAGACAUACCCCAUGUGUGGCUUUGACUGCCACAGCCACCCCGCAGGUCCAAGAGGACGUGUUUGCUGCCCUGCACCUAAAGCAGCCAGUUGCCACGUUCAAGACUCCCUGCUUCCGGGCCAACCUCUUCUAUGAUGUGCAGUUCAAGGAACUGAUUUCUGACCUCUACGGGAACCUGAGGGACUUCUGCCUUAAGGCUCUUGGACAGAAGACUGAUAAAGGGCUGUUGUCCGGCUGCGGCAUUGUCUACUGCAGGACUAGAGAGACUUGUGAACAGCUGGCCAUAGAGCUCAGUUGCAGGGGUGUGAACGCCAAGGCUUACCACGCAGGGCUGAAGGCUUCUGAAAGAACACUGGUGCAGAACGAGUGGAUGGAGGAGAAGGUCCCUGUAAUUGUUGCAACCAUCAGUUUUGGAAUGGGAGUGGAUAAAGCCAACGUCAGGUUUGUCGCCCACUGGAAUAUUGCCAAGUCAAUGGCUGGAUACUACCAGGAGUCUGGCCGGGCUGGUAGGGAUGGAAAGCCUUCCUGGUGCCGUCUCUAUUACUCUAGGAAUGAUCGGGACCAAGUUAGCUUUCUGAUCAGGAAGGAAGUAUCGAAACUUCGGGAAAAGAGAGGGAACAAAGCAUCUGAUAAAGCCACUCUCUUGGCCUUCGAUGCCCUGGUGACUUUCUGUGAAGAAUUGGGAUGCCGGCAUGCUGCCAUUGCCAAGUACUUUGGGGACGCACCACCUGCCUGCACCAAAGGCUGCGACCACUGCCAGAACCCUAUGGCUGUGCGGAGGCAGCUGGAUGCUUUGGAGCGCGGCAGCAACUGGAGCAAGACCUGUAUUGGGCCUUCCCAGGGGAAUAGCUUCGACCCUGAGCUGUACGAGGGAGGCCGCAGGGGCUACGGCGGCUUUAGCAGGUACGACGAGGGCUCUGGAGGCAGCGGGGACGAGGGCAGAGAUGAGACCCACAAGCGGGAAUGGAAUCUCUUCUAUCAGAGGCAGAUGAGGCUGCGCAAGGGCAAAGACCCCAAGAUAGAAGAAUUCGUACCCCCAGAUGAGGACUGUCCCCUGAAAGAGGCUUACAGCAGGAGGGUCCCCAGGCUCACUGUGAAGGCCCGAGAGCACUGCCUGCGGCUUCUGGAGGAGGCUCUGAGCAGUAACCAACAGGCCACACGUACCACUGAUGGGGCUGACCUCCAGGCCAAGGCCGUGGAGCUGGAAUAUGAGACGUUCCGAAAUGCCAAGGUGGCCAACCUGUACAAGGCCAGCGUGCUGAAGAAGGUGGCUGAGAUACACAAAGCCUCCAAGGAUGGACAGCCCUAUGACUCAGGAGGCAGUGCCAACAGCUGCAGCGCCCAGGCAGAGCCCUCAGAGCCCGACGAGUAUGACAUCCCACCAGCUUCCCAUGUGUAUUCGCUUAAACCCAAGCGGGUGGGAGCUGGUUUCCCCAAAGGCUCCUGCCAGUUCCAGACAGCCACGGAGCUGAUGGAGGCAACGAGGAUCCAGGAGCAAGCUCCCCAGCCCGUGCAGGGAAGUGAGCAGGAGCCCCCUAGCCAGCCCUGUGGCCUCCAGGAUGAGGACAGGAAUGUGUCCCUCCCGGGGCCCAGAGGAGAAGCCCCUGUGGGUAGUGCUCAUUGUGCGGGGCUCUCCCCAGAGAAGGCGGCGAAAGGCUUCUCUAGGGGCAGUCCCGUCGCCAAGGCCCGGGCUAACAAGAAGCAGCAGCUCCUAGCCGCAGCGGCCCACAAAGAUUCUCAGAACAUCACCCGCUUCUUCUACCAAAGGGCGGAAAGCCCAUCUUUGCUUGCUUCAGCCCCAAGCACAGAAGGUGCCAGCCCCUCCUGUGAGGAGGUUCAGGGACCCCCAAUGGCUCCAGAGAAGGAAGAUGGAACCCAGGGACAUUUGAAUGCCCCUCCUCAGACUGAGGAGUGCUCCAGAGAAGGACCAAGCACCUGUCCACUCAGAGACCAGGGUCCCCCUGAAGCCCAGCCCACCCCCGCAAAGGAGACGCAGAUGGGCAAGCGGCCCAGAUCCCAGCAGGAGAACCCAGAGAGCCAGGCUCAGAAGAGGCCUCGCCCCUCAGCCAAGCCCUCCAUCUUUGUGGAGGUCAAGGGCAGCAUGUUGUCAGCUAAUGAUCAGGGCACCUCGAAUCCUAUGGCCCAAGACUCCUGCCAGCUCUCAGCUCCUGGCAUCCCUUUGAAGGAGGCUGCAAAUGUUGUGGUCAAGUGCCUGACCCCCUUCUACAAGGAUGGCAAGUUUGCAUCCAAGGAAUUGUUUAAAGGCUUCGCCCGCCACCUGUCACACUUGCUGGCUCAGAAGACCUCUCCUGGAAAGAGCGUUAAAGAAGAGGCCCAGAACCUCAUCAAGCACUUUUUCCAUGGCCGGGCCCGGUGUGAGAGUGAAGCUGACUGGCACAGCCUGUGUGGCCCACAGAGAUGACCACCUGCUGGCUGGGCAGGGUCCACGACCUCCUCCAGACUCCACCGUGGCCAGCCUGAGCCUCCCCCGCAGAUGCAGGGCCAUCAGCUUUUGUCAGGGUCCUUCCACCUUCCAAGCACACUUUGCUUUGUGUAUGGCCUCAGACACCUCCCAAAUCAAGGUCAGAGGUCAGCCCACUUUUGCUUCUGCUUGCAAAGCCUGUGGUCCUUUCUCAGAGCCUUCCUGGGUUUUCUGGGCCAGAUGCCCAGGAUAGAAGGUGGUAGGUGGU